GAAACAAACGAUCUUGACGUUUGAAACGCCUAUAAAUUGAUACCGAACGCGUAUUGACGUUAGUAAUAAAUUACUUCCCGAAAACUUGAUGAUGGGAAAAACUAUCGGACUACUUCUAAUUGCCUUCGCUCUUUGUCAACUGAGUCGCGGCGAACGGGACUGGUGGGAAAAUGGUAAUUUCUAUCAAAUCUAUCCACGCUCCUUCAAGGAUAGCAAUGGCGAUGGUAUUGGUGAUUUGAUUGGUAUUCUCGAAAAACUGGACUACGUUAAGGAUAUUGGCAUGAAUGGCGUGUGGCUUUCUCCCAUUUUUCAAUCUCCAAUGGCUGAUUUCGGCUACGACAUUUCGGAUUACACGAAAGUGCAGCCCGAAUAUGGCACUUCGGAGGAUUUAUUGGCCUUAAUCGACAAGGCGCACAGCCUCGGCUUGCAUCUUAUCCUCGACUUUGUACCGAAUCACACUAGUGACGAGCACGAAUGGUUCCAACGCUCCAUUGCCAAUGAUUCUUAUUACCGCGACUUCUACAUCUGGCAUGAUGGUGUGAUUAAUGCCACAACUGGCAAACGUCAGCCGCCAAGCAAUUGGAUCUCACAAUUUCGCUAUUCCGCUUGGGAAUGGAAUGAGCAGCGCCAGCAAUAUUAUCUCCAUCAGUUUGGUGUGAAGCAACCCGAUCUGAAUUACCGCAAUCCAAAUGUUGUAGAAGAGAUGAAUAAUGUGUUGCGUUAUUGGUUGGCGCGUGGUAUUGAUGGCUUCCGCAUUGAUGCUGUGCCCUUCCUCUUCGAAGCGGACAUUGAUCCCGCCACCGGCACUUAUCCCGAUGAACCAGUAAUUGCUGACACAAGCUCCUGCCCCGACCCAGAUGAUUGGUGUCAUUUGAAUCACAUCUACACCAACUCCCUGCCCGAGAUUUUCAACAUAGUCUACCAGUGGCGUAAGGUUGUCGAUGAGUGGAAACGCGAGCACAACACAGACACUAAAGUGCUACUCACGGAGGCCUACACCAGUUUCGAAAACUUAAUGCGCAUGUACGGCGAUGGCGUACAUAACGGUUCGCAUAUACCAUUCAACUUCGAGAUGAUGGCUGAGCUGAACAACAAGAGCACGGCCAGCGACUACGACUACUAUGUGCGCCAUUGGUUGGACAAUAUGCCGGCGGGUGUGUAUGCAAAUUGGGUGCUUGGCAAUCAUGACAAUCCCCGUUUGGCUUCGCGAUUUGGCGCACAACGUGCUGAUCUAAUGAAUAUCUUCCUGCAAACGCUUCCUGGCAUUGCGGUCACCUACAAUGGUGAGGAGUAUGGCUUGGAGGAUGGAUAUGUGUCAUGGGAGGAGAGCGUAGAUCCACAAGCAUGCAACGCUGACCCUUCCACAUAUCUGAAGUAUUCACGUGAUCCGGAGCGUACGCCCUUCCUGUGGGACAACACGAAAAAUGCCGGCUUCAGCACAGCGGAUCGCACCUGGCUGCCUGUAGGUCAGUCAUAUGAGACGAACAAUAUCGAGGCACAGUACGCUGCCGAUAAUAGUCACUUGAAGAUUUUCAAAACCCUAACGAAAUUGAGGAAGUCCGAGCCUGCUUUCACCGAUGGUGACUACAAGUCGGCGGUGGGCGACGGUUGGUUGGCCUACGCGAGGAAAGCUUCUUCUGGUUCUCCCCAUAUUGUCAUUGUAAAUAUUGGUGACUCAAAGGUGACUUUGAACUUCAACGAAUUAUUUGACAAUAUAAGUGCAAAUUUAGAAGUUGUUACUAGCUCAUUGCAGUCAGGCUUGGCGAACGGUCAAAGCGUGGAUGCAUCAGCCUUCGAGGCGCAGCCUUAUAAUGGUUAUGUGCUCCGCGUGAAGAGUGAGGAAUAAGUGAACGCCAGAAAAGGCACACAACAAAGAUGGCGGCAUUAUUAUAAAACAGAGAAAUCUUCAAGUUAGUUGGUUACAAAAAAAUUUGAAAAAUAAAUUUAUUGCUUUCAAAAUGAA